AUGAGAGUUGGAUACUAUCCAUUGACCGGGUCGACGGGCACCCUCGAUGUAUUGGCUCGAGAUGCGCGCAUCCAACGAGUCCACUGUCUGAACCGGCGAGAAGACAGCCACAGAGUCCAGCAAGGGCAGAGCAAGAAGCAUCAUCUAGACACGCCGAUGCACAAGAUUAGAUUCUGGAAGAUUGGUCGCGCCCAGAAGCAGUUCGGUCUGCAGCCAGAGGCGUUUGAAACGCUGCAACAGACCGUAACAGUAGUCAUCGACAACGCGUGUCUGGUCAAUUUCAUUCUCUCUGUGGCCUCAUCCCGCCCUCAUCUAGAGGGGGUGGUGAACCUGGUGGAUUUCUGCGCUGGAGCCAGUUCCUCGCCUCAUAUUCUUUGUCUCCUUCAUCAGCGCCGCGAUGACCAGGGGGGAGACAAAGAGCUGUCGCUGGUGCUGGCCAGCAACCCGGCGGGCAAACCGCUGACAUUCUUUGAUGAGCCUGUGGCGGACAAAGAGCAGCUGAAUGCGCUUGACACGAGCCAGACACUCAGGGCAGUCGAAGGGGUCAAGAAGGAGUGGAUGGAGAAAUGGGUUGAUGAGUGGCUGCUGUAG